AUGUCUCGUGAAGGCUUCCAAAUUCCAACCAAUUUGGAUGCGGCUGCUGCUGGUACCGCACAAGCUAGAACAGCUACUCUGAAAUAUAUCUGUGCAGAAUGUUCCAGUAAACUAUCUCUAUCAAGAACUGACCCUGUUCGUUGUAAAAAUUGUGGUCAUAGGAUCUUACUCAAGGCCAGAACUAUGAGAAUGGUUCAAUUUGAAGCAAGGUGA